UGAUCUUGGCUCCCUGCAACUUCCGCCUCCCGGGUUCAAGUGAUUCUCCUGCCUCAGCCUCCUGAAUAGCUGGGACUACAGGCGCAUGCCACGAUGCCCGGCUAAUUUUUUGUAUUUUUAGUAGAGAUGGGGUUUCACCGUGUUAGCCAGGAUGGUCUCGAUCUCCUGACCUCGUGAUCCGCCCGCCUCAGCCUCCCAAAGUGCUGAAAUUACAGGUGUGAGCCACCGUGCCCGGCCCUGAUCUUUACAUUUUUAAAUAUUGCAUUAGUGAACCGUGUACUGAUUUUGUGAUCAUAGAUAACCCAGUUAAAUAUUAAGUCUUAAUUAUCACUUAGUAUUUUACAACCUCAGUUGUAGUUAUAAAGUAAGGGUUCCACAGACCUCCUAACAGUUCCUAGAAAAUGGAGCUGUCUUGGCAUGUAGUCUUGAUUGCCCUUCUAAGUUUUUCAUGCUGGGGGUCAGACUGGGAGUCUGAUAGAAAUUUCAUUUCCACCGCUGGUCCUCUAACCAAUGAUUUGCUGCACAACCUGAGUGGUCUCCUGGGAGACCAGGGUUCUAACUUUGUAGCAGGGGACAAAGACAUGUAUGUUUGUCACCAGCCACUGCCCGCUUUCCUGCCAGAAUACUUCAGCAGUCUCCAUGCCAGUCAGAUCACCCACUAUAAGGUAUUUCUAUCAUGGGCACAGCUCCUCCCAGCAGGAAGCACCCAGAAUCCAGACGAGAAAACAGUGCAGUGCUACCGGCGACUCCUGGAGGCCCUCAAGACUGCACAGCUUCAGCCCAUGGUCAUCCUGCACCACCAGACCCUCCCUGCCAGCACCCUCCAGAGAACUGAAGCGUUCGCUGACCUCUUCGCCGACUAUGCCACAUUCGCCUUCCACUCCUUUGGGGACCUAGUUGGGAUCUGGUUCACCUUCAGUGACUUGGAGGAAGUGAUCAAGGAGCUUCCCCACCAGGAAUCAAGAGCGUCACAACUCCAGACCCUCAGUGAUGCCCACAGAAAAGCCUAUGAGGUUUACCACGAAAACUAUGCUUCUCAGGGUGGGAAACUCUCUGUUGUCCUGCGAGCUGAAGAUAUCCUGGAGCUCCUGCUAGAACCACCCAUAUCUGCGCUUGGCCAGGACGCGGUCGAUUUCCUCUCUCUUGAUUUGUCUUAUGAAUGCCAAAAUGAGGCAAGUCUGUGGCAGAAGCUGAGUAAAUUGCAGACCAUUGAGCCAAAAGUGAAAGUUUUCAUCUUCAACCUAAAACUCCCGGACUGCCCCUCCACCAUGAAGAACCCAGCCAGGCUGCUUUUCAGCCUUUUUGAAGCCAUAAAUAAAGACCAAGUGCUCACCAUUGGGUUUGAUAUUAAUGAGUUUCUGAGUUGUUCAUCAAGUUCCAAGAAAAGCAUGUCUUGUUCUCUGACUGACAGCCUGGCCCUUCAGCCUGACCAGCAGCAGGACCACGAGACCACAGGCUCCUCUCCUGCCUCUGCCUAUCAGAGAGUCUGGGAAGCAUUUGCCAAUCAGUCCAGGGUGGAAAGGGAUGCCUUCCUGCAGGACACUUUCCCCGAAGGCUUCCUCUGGGGUGCCUCCACAGGAGCCUUUAACGUGGAAGGAGGCUGGGCCGAGGGCGGGAGAGGGGCGAGCAUCUGGGAUCCACGCAGGCCCCUGAACACCACUGAGGGCCAAGCGACGCCGGAGGUGGCCAGUGACAGCUACCACAAGGUAGCCUCUGAUGUCGCCCUGCUUCGCGGCCUCCGGGCUCAGGUGUACAAGUUCUCCAUCUCCUGGUCCCGGAUCUUCCCCACGGGGCACGGGAGAAGCCCCAGCCUCCCAGGUGUUGCCUACUACAACAAGCUGAUUGACAGGCUGCGGGAUGCGGGCAUUGAGCCCAUGGCCACGCUGUUCCACUGGGACCUGCCUCAGGCCCUGCAGGAUCAUGGCGGAUGGCAGAAUGAGAGUGUGGUGGAUGCCUUCCUGGACUAUGCGGCCUUCUGCUUCUCCACGUUUGGGGACCGUGUGAAGCUGUGGGUGACCUUCCAUGAGCCGUGGGUGAUGAGCUACGCAGGCUAUGGCACUGGCCAGCACCCUCCCAGCAUCUCUGACCCAGGAGUGGCCUCUUUUAAGGUGGCUCACUUGGUCCUCAAGGCUCAUGCCAGAACUUGGCACCACUACAACAGCCACCAUCGCCCACAGCAGCAGGGGCACGUGGGCAUUGUGCUGAACUCAGACUGGGCAGAACCCCUGUCUCCAGAGAGGUCUGAGGACCUGAGAGCCUCUGAGCGCUUCUUGCACUUCAUGCUGGGCUGGUUUGCACACCCCAUCUUUGUGGAUGGAGACUACCCAGCCACCCUGAGGACCCAGAUCCAACAGAUGAACAGACAGUGCUCCCAUCCUGUGGCUCAACUCCCCGAGUUCACGGAGGCAGAGAAGCAGCUCCUAAAAGGCUCUGCUGAUUUUCUGGGUCUGUCGCAUUACACCUCCCGCCUCAUCAGCAACGCCCCACAAAACACCUGCAUCCCUAGCUAUGAUACCAUUGGAGGCUUCUCCCAACACAUGAACCAUGUGUGGCCCCAGACCUCAUCCUCUUGGAUUCGUGUGGUGCCCUGGGGGAUAAGGAGGCUGUUGCAGUUUGUAUCCCUGGAAUACACAAGAGGAAAAGUUCCAAUAUACCUGGCCGGGAAUGGCAUGCCCAUAGGGGAAAGUGAAAAUCUCUUUGAUGAUUCCUUGAGAGUAGACUACUUCAAUCAAUAUAUCAAUGAGGUGCUCAAGGCUAUCAAGGAAGACUCCGUGGAUGUUCGGUCCUACAUUGCUCGUUCCCUCAUUGAUGGCUUCGAAGGCCCUUCUGGUUACAGCCAGCGGUUUGGCCUGCACCACGUCAACUUCAGCGACAGCAGCAAGUCAAGGACUCCCAGGAAAUCUGCCUACUUUUUCACUAGCAUCAUAGAAAAGAACGGUUUCCUCACCAAGGGGGCAAAAAGACUGCUACCACCUAAUACAGCAAACCUCCCCUCCAAAGUCAGAGCCUUCACUUUUCCAUCUGAAGUGCCCUCCAAGGCUAAAGUCGUUUGGGAAAAGUUCUCCAGCCAACCCAAGUUCGAAAGAGAUUUGUUCUACCACGGGACGUUUCGGGAUGACUUUCUGUGGGGCGUGUCCUCUUCCGCUUAUCAGAUCGAAGGCGGGUGGGAUGCCGAUGGCAAAGGCCCCAGCAUCUGGGAUAACUUUACUCACACACCAGGGAGCAAUGUGAAAGACAAUGCCACUGGAGAUAUCGCCUGUGACAGCUAUCACCAGCUGGAUGCCGAUCUGAAUAUGCUCCGCGCUUUGAAGGUGAAGGCCUACCGCUUCUCCAUCUCCUGGUCUCGGAUUUUCCCAACUGGGAGAAACAGCUCUAUCAACAGUCAAGGGGUUGAUUAUUACAAUAGGCUGAUCAAUGGCUUGGUGGCAAGCAACAUCUUUCCCAUGGUGACAUUGUUCCACUGGGACCUGCCCCAGGCCCUCCAGGAUAUCGGAGGCUGGGAGAAUCCUGCCUUGAUUGACUUGUUUGACAGCUACGCAGACUUUUGUUUCCAGACCUUUGGUGACAGAGUCAAGUUCUGGAUGACUUUUAAUGAGCCCAUGUACCUGGCAUGGCUGGGUUAUGGCUCAGGGGAUUUUCCCCCAGGGGUGAAGGACCCAGGCUGGGCACCAUAUAGGAUAGCCCACACCAUCAUCAAAGCCCAUGCCAGAGUCUAUCACACGUACGAUGAGAAAUACAGGCAGGAGCAGAAGGGGGUCAUCUCGCUGAGCCUCAGUACACACUGGGCAGAGCCCAAGUCACCAGGGGUCCCCAGAGAUGUGGAAGCCGCUGACCGAAUGCUGCAGUUCUCCCUGGGCUGGUUUGCUCACCCCAUUUUUAGAAACGGAGACUAUCCUGACACCAUGAAGUGGAAAGUGGGGAACAGGAGUGAACUGCAACACUUAGCCACCUCCCGCCUGCCAAGCUUCACUGAGGAAGAGAAGAGGUUCAUCGGGGCAACGGCCGACGUCUUCUGCCUCAACACGUACUACUCCAAAAUCGUGCAGCACAAAACACCUAGGCUAAACCCACCCUCCUACGAAGACGACCGGGAGAUGGCUGAGGAGGAGGACCCUUCGUGGCCUUCCACGGCAUUGAACAGAGCUGCGCCCUGGGGGACGCGAAGGCUGCUGAACUGGAUCAAGGAAGAGUAUGGUGACAUCCCCAUUUACAUCACCGAAAACGGAGUGGGGCUGACCAAUCCAAACACGGAGGAUACUGAUAGGAUAUUUUACCACAAAACCUACAUCAAUGAGGCUUUGAAAGCCUACAGGCUUGAUGGUGUAGACCUUCGAGGGUAUGUCGCCUGGUCUCUGAUGGACAACUUUGAGUGGCUGAAUGGCUACACGGUCAAGUUUGGACUAUACCAUGUUGAUUUCAACAACACGAACAGGCCUCGCACAGCAAGAACCUCCGCCAGGUACUACACAGAGGUCAUUACCAACAACGGCAUGCCACUGGCCAGGGAGGAUGAGUUUCUGUACGGCCGGUUUCCUGAGGGCUUCAUCUGGAGUGCAGCUUCUGCUGCAUAUCAGAUCGAAGGUGCGUGGAGAGCAGAUGGCAAAGGACUCAGCAUUUGGGACACGUUUUCUCACACACCACUGAAGGUUGAGGAUGAUGCCAUCGGAGACGUGGCCUGCGACAGUUAUCACAAGAUUGCUGAGGAUCUGGUCACCCUGCAGAACCUGGGCGUGUCCCACUACCGUUUUUCCAUCUCCUGGCCUCGCAUCCUCCCUGAUGGAACCACCAGGUACAUCAAUGAAGCGGGCCUGAACUACUACGUGAGACUCAUCGAUGCACUGCUGGCCGCUAGCAUCCAGCCCCAGGUGACCAUUUACCACUGGGACCUACCGCAGGCGCUCCAAGAUGUAGGAGGCUGGGAGAAUGAGACCAUCGUGCAGCGGUUUAAGGAGUAUGCAGAUGUGCUCUUCCAGAGGCUGGGAGACAAGGUGAAGUUUUGGGUCACACUGAAUGAGCCCUUUGUCAUUGCUUACCAGGGCUAUGGCGACGGAACAAAAGCUCCAGGAAUCUCCAGUAGGCCUGGCACUGCCCCCUACAUUGUUGGCCACAACCUAAUAAAGGCUCAUGCUGAGGCCUGGCAUCUGUACAACGAAGUGUAUCGUGCCAGUCAAGGUGGCGUGAUUUCCAUCACCAUCAGCAGUGACUGGGCUGAACCCAGAGAUCCCUCUAACCAGGAGGAUGUGGAGGCAGCCAGGAGAUAUGUUCAGUUCAUGGGAGGCUGGUUUGCACAUCCUAUUUUCAAGAAUGGAGAUUACAACGAGGUGAUGAAGACGCGGAUCCGUGACAGGAGCUUGGCUGCAGGCCUCAACAAGUCUCGGCUGCCAGAAUUUACAGAGAGUGAGAAGAGGAGGAUCAACGGCACCUAUGACUUUUUUGGGUUCAAUCACUACACCACUGUCCUCGCCUACAACCUCAACUAUGCCACUGCCAUCUCUUCUUUUGAUGCAGACAGAGGAGUUGCUUCCAUCGCAGAUCGCUCGUGGCCAGACUCUGGCUCCCUCUGGCUGAAGAUGACGCCUUUUGGCUUCAGGAGGAUCCUGAACUGGUUAAAGGAGGAAUACAAUGACCCUCCAAUUUAUGUCACAGAGAAUGGAGUGUCCCAGCGGGAAGAAACAGACCUCAAUGACACUGUAAGGAUCUACUACCUUCGGACUUACAUCAACGAGGCCCUCAAAGCUGUGCAGGACAAGGUGGACCUUCGAGGAUACACAGUUUGGAGUGCGAUGGACAAUUUUGAGUGGGCCACAGGCUUUUCAGAGAGAUUUGGUCUGAAUUUUGUGAACUACAGUGACCCUUCUCUGCCAAGGAUCCCCAAAGCAUCUGCGAAGUUCUACGCCUCUGUGGUCCGAUGCAAUGGCUUCCCUGACCCCGCUACAGGGCCUCACGCUUGUCUCCACCAGCCAGGUGAGAUGUGGCUCUGGAAGGGAAUAAAACCUAAGGGUGAGGGGCCGGUGCAAGGGCCUCUCUGUCUGUUUUCUUCUAGUUUAUUACCCUCCUCUCUGCUGCUUCAUCUCCUUCAUUCAUUCAACAAAUGUUUAUUUUCUUUGAAUGCUCCAGACAUUUCCUGGGUAGAACAAAGGACACUUAGGGUCAAUGUUACACUUAGAAACCAGAGCCCUGGUCUGGGAAUAAGCAGGUCUAGACUCUUCUUCCAGCCCUACCACUAACUUGCUGUGCACUCAUAGAUAAGAAACCAGGCACAUGCUUCUGGGCAGUUAGAAGGAUCAAAUAAAGGGACCAUGAAAGUACAAUGCUUGCACCAUGUGGGUGCCCCAUAUUUGUUAAAUGAAAGAGUGUAAAUCACUACACAAAUGUAAAUGACAAUUAUCCAGUUUCAAUUAUACAGGCUAAGAAUCCUUCAUCUGAAAAUUCAAAAUCCAAAAUACCCCAAAAUCUGAAACUUUUUGAGCACUGGCAUGACAACAUAAAUGGAAAAUUCAACACCUGACCCCAUGUGACAGGUCGCAGUCAAAAUACAGUUAAAGCUUUGUUUCAUGCACACAAUUAUUUAACAUACUGUAUAGAAUUACCUUCACACCAUGUGGAUAAGUUGCAUAUAAAACAUAUAUGAAUUUCAUAUUUAGACCUGGGUCCCAUCCCCAAAAUAUCUCAUUAUGUAUAUGCAAAUAUUCCAAAAUCUUAAAAAAUCCCAAAUCUGAAACAUUUCCGAUUCUAAGCAAGCAUGUCAGAUAAGGGAUAUUCAACCUGUAUUCUAAUUGCUGAUAGAGAUGUUUAAAAAAUACAACUGCUUAACUUCACUCAGAGGCUCCUGACACACAGUGAAAGGGGAUGGGUACCUCCACCUCGGCAACCUGUCAGUGGCUGGGCGGAUUUGGGGUACCAUGCAGCCUCUGCUGGGGUCUCAGGGAUCUGAGAACUCAAAUCAGCGACAGAGCACCAACCACCCUGUGUCACACUCUCCUAGAUGCUGGACCCACCAUCAGCCCUGUGAGACAGGAGGAGGUGCAGUUCCUGGGGCUAAUGCUCGGCACCGCAGAAGCACAGACAGCUUUGUACGUUCUCUUUUCUCUUGUGCUGCUUGGAGUCUGUGGCUUGGCAUUUCUGUCAUACAAGUACUGCAAGCGCUCUAAGCAAGGGAAAACACAACGAAGCCAACAGGAAUUGAGCCCGGUGUCUUCAUUCUGAUGAGUUACCACCUCAAGUUCUGUGAAGCAGGCCUAGUUUCUUCAUCUACCUUUCCCGGCCACCAACUCCUUAGGGUCUUAGACUCUGCUUAUACUGGACUUCUCCAUAAAGUCCUGCUACACCGUUAGAGAUGACUUUAAUCUUGAAUGAUUCCGACUUACUGAUUAAAAUGGAAAUAUCUGCAUCUUGCUCCAGUAUCAGAGUUCAUUUGGGCAUUUGAGGAGCAAGUAGCUCUUGCAGAAACAUGUAGAUACUGGUCUAGUGGGUCUGUGAACCACUUAAUUGAACUUAACAGGGCUGUUUUAAGUUUCAGAGUUGUUAAGGGUUAAGUUGUUUGUUAAGGGAGCAAAAACCGUAAAAAUCCUUUCUAUAAGAAAUCAACUCCACUGCAUAGACUGCAAUAUCUCCUGCCCUUCUGCAAGCUCUCCCUAGCUUCACAUCUUGUGUUUUCCAGAAAAUAAAAACAGCAGACUGUCCUUUCUCCUAUGGUUGCCCCUCCUUGACAAAGUAGGUUCAAGAGAAGUUGUUAUGAAGUCACACAAGCCAUCUGGAACUCUGAUUAAGCUUUGCCACCAGACCAAGUCUUUCUGUUGACAUUAUAUUCCUUGGGGCAAAUACCACAACAUGCAGAAAGUGGCCUUUUCCCACCCCUCAAACACCCCCACUGCCACUUUUUAUGCCAUCCCCAGCUCUCCCAUCUGACCUUGGUUCAUUUAGCCUGUUUCCGUCCUUUCCCAAUUUGUGGUAGUUCUAAACUGCACAUAGGACAACUAUCCAUAUUCCUUUGUGUCUUCCCAAAUGCUGUUCCUUCCACCUAGGAUGCCCUUUCUUCUGAAAAUGCCUUCAAGUCUCAGCUGAAAUGUACUUCCUCCUCUGAAUGGCUUCCCUGAAAUCCCCAGGCAGAUUCUCCUUCGUCUGCUUUGCUUGUAAAUAUCCCCUAUUACAACUUGACCAUCCACUUUCUAUACUGGAAUUGCGUAUUUCUCUAUCAGCUUCUUAAGGCCAAGGACCAUGUCUCAUUGUCUCUGGCAAGCACAACUUGGACAGAGCAAUGAAAAGCACAAAUGCUCCUUUCGUGUGUUCACCCAUUCCCACAGCAUUUCCAGGGCAGUGGUGGGAGCGGAGAGAGAUAUGUUCUUUAUAAUCCCCUCAAAUAUGCUGAGAGACAAUCUCAGUGUGAAACACCUAAACACUUGAUUGGCCCAUAUAUUACGUCUAGAUAGCUGGGAAAGUGUUUUGUAAAAAUUAAAUUAAGAGUAAUUUUGGGCUGGUCUUAAAAGGAUGAUCACACUUGAAAUUUGCUUCUUGUAAGCAUUCCUUUCCCUAUCAAAACAUUCCAACACCGUGAGUCCCAACCUGGCAGUCAGGAGCUUGUGGUGCACAAGCAUUUUUCUCCAUCAAUCGACUGGAAAAGUCUGUCAGAUGGGGGUGGGGGUGGUUCUAAAAUUGAUAUUAAAGACAUUCCUUGGCCGGGCGUGGUGGCUCACACUUGUAAUCCCAGCACUGUGGGAGGCUGAGGUGGGUGGAUCACGAGGUCAGGAGAUCGAGACCAUCCUGGCUAACACGGUGAAACCCCGUCUCUACUAAAAAUACAGAAAAUUAGCCGAGCGUGGUGGCAGGCGCCUGUAGUCCCAGCUACUCAGGAGGCUGAGGCAGGAGAAUAGUGUGAACCUGGGAGGCGGAGCUUGCAGUGAGCUGAGAUCGCACUACUGCACUCCAGCCUGGGCAACUGAGCAAGACUCUGUCUCAAAAAAAAAAAAAAAACAUUCUUUGGGUAGAAGCUCAGUAUCAUAAAGUGCCAAUUAUACCUAAAUAAUCUCAAAACUCAACAUCACUUUUUUGGGACAACACUAACAAAAUAAUAUAAAGUUUCAUAUAUGAAAUAAACUUGUAAGAAGAGCCAGGAUAAAUCUGGGGGAAGAAGAUUAAAACACAUUAUAAAGCUAGAUUAGUUUGGUAUAGCAGAGAGCAAACAGAUCAAUAAAGAGAAAGCCUAGACACAGAAGCAUCUGCACAUGGAACAGAUGCCCGCCUCGCAGGCAGUGCGCCUACUCGGGGCAGAGGGCCCGUGAAGGCGGUGAGGGAACAGCCUCCUGGGGAUGUUAGCCACAGGCAUGGGAAGGAGCCAGGUCCUUUCCUUGGAUACCAGAUUUAAACAUACAAAAAGGAAACCAUAAGAAUCCUAGGAUAUAAGAAAAUUAAUUUUUGAAGUGGGAAAGGUAUUUAUAAGCAAGACUCAAGACCUGGAGGUCAUAAAUGAAAACACAGAUAAUAUCGUGGCAAAAAAUUACCAAAUGUACUCAACAAAAGGGAGGGAGAAGCCAGUCGCGGUGGCUCACGCCUGUAGUCCCAGCACUUUGGGAGGCCGAGGCAGGCGGAUCAUGAGGUCAGGAGAUCAAGACCAUCCUGGCUAACAUGGUGAAACCCUGUCUCUACUAAACAAAAUACAAAAAUUAGCUGGCCGUGGUGGCGGGCACCUGUAGUCCCAGCUACUCGGGAGGCUGAGGCAGGAGAAUGGCGUGAACCCGGGAGGCAGAGCUUGCAGUGAGCCGAGAUUGCGCCACUGUGCUCCAGCCUGGGCAACAGAGGGAGACUCCAUCUGAAAAAAAAAAAGGGAGAAAAUAUUUACUGCCAUAUGCUAGCAAAUGGCUUUAAUGUACACAGUCUUAUAAAUCAGUAAGAAAAAUAUGAAAACAAUAAAAAUUGGCAAGGAAUACAUGGAGUUCUCAAGAUAAGCCAAACUGAUCAAUAACAUCAAGAUGCUCACUUCAUUCAUGAUAAAUACAGUACAUACGAGAUUAUAUCAUUUUUCAUCUAUCAUUUUGAAAAAGCUAACAAAGUAUGAUAAUACAGUAUUGGCAAGGGUGUGGGAAAAUGGACAUUCUCAUGACUGUUGGUAGGGGUUCAAAUUCACACAGCUUGUAGAGGAGGCAAUGCAACAGCAUCUUUCAUAACCCAAACUGCAAACACUCUUCUUUCACUUAGCAAGUGAUACAAACAUAUUCUACAGGUAUAUUUUCACAGUAACACUAUACCUCCCACCCAAGGUUGCUUACGAUAGCAAUGUUUGUAAUAGAAAAAGAAAAAUGUGUAAUAACCACUGAAUGCCACCAGAGCAUGGACAGUAAGCUGAAUGCAGUACAUUCAUCAAGCAGAAUGCUAUGCAACCAUUGAAAAUGAGGUAGCUUGGUGUCGACAGGAAAAGAUCUCAAGAUUAUGUAAGCAAAAAAGCAAGAUGCAAGGUAGAAUAUAUAAUAUGAUCCCAUUUAUUUAAAAAAUAAAGAUUACAUAUUUGCUUAUAUACGCAUACAAAUUUUCUGAAAAUUACAUAAGAAAUUGUUAAUAGAUUACCUCUGGAGAAUAGUACUGGGGUAAGAGGUGAGGGGGGAGAAUUCUCAUUUUACAGCCUUACAUACUGUUGUGAAUUUUUUUUACCAUGUACUUUUAAAUUUUAAAAUACAAAAUUGAGGAGGGAUCCUCCUACUCCAAAAUUAUGAAGCAUUCUUUUAUGUACAUUUCUCUAAGAGUUAUAUUUGAUAUUUUUCAAGGCAAACUGACUUGAGGUACUCGCUGUUUUUCCAAAUGUAUUUCUAAUAAUUAUUAGUAGAGUCACACCUAUUUUGACAGCUUUUUUAAAAAGUCACAUAUUGCUGUAUUUUUAAAGAUGACAAACCUUUAUUUAAAUGGGAUGCUUGCUGGAGAUUUUCUUUUUCAAACUCACUUUUUAAGUUAUGGAAAUAAUAUCACUGCCGAAAGUUUGGAAAACAUAUAUAAGGGUGCCAAAAAUACCACUAAAAUCACAUAAACCAAUCUUACCAUUA